AUGACAGCAGAGGAUUACCACGUAGAACGUUUCAUAGGAAGAGGUUCAUUUGGAGAGGUUUAUAGAGGUACAAACCUCAAGACUGGGAAGGUUUUUGCACUCAAAAUGAUCGAUCUAAACGAAGCUAACGAUGUUCGAGAGCUUAUUAAGGAAAUUCAUAUCCUUACUCGUAUCCGUUCCACCUAUUUGACUCGACAUUAUGAAACAUUUUUGAGAGGUACAAACAUGUGGAUUGUGUUAGAGUACUGUGGUGGGGGUUCCUGCUCUGAUCUUUUGAAAUGUUUCGGAUCUCUCUCCGAGCAUGUUACUGCUUAUAUUAUCAGAGAUGUCCUUCAUGGAUUAGAGUAUCUUCAUGGGCAAAAUAAAGUUCAUCGUGAUAUAAAGUCAGCAAAUAUUUUACUCACGGACAAUGGAGAUGUCAAGGUGGCAGAUUUCGGUGUCAGUGGAGAAAUAUCCUUCACAAGAACAAAGAGAAACACCGUUGUAGGAACUCCAUAUUGGAUGGCUCCAGAAAUCAUUUCUCGUUCUGCUAGAGGAUACGAUACUAAAGCAGACAUUUGGUCUACAGGCAUCACUACUUACGAAUUUGUAGAAGGGAAACCUCCACUUUCGUCUGUAGAGCCAAUGAAGGCACUUUUUGAGAUUCCCAAAAAGAGGCCACCGGAAUUGGAGGGAAAUCAUUACAGUGAUAACAUUAAAGACUUUGUGAGAUACUGCCUUAUUAAAUCUCCUCGACAAAGGCCCAAUGCUUCUACGCUUUUGCACCACCAGUUCAUUACAACAUGCCCAUCAGACGUUAGAAUAACAGAUCUCAUAAUGGCCAAGAAGCAGCGGGAGGAAACUAUGCCGAAAAAAAAUAGACACAAACCAAGAAAAAUUGACAAGGGACUUACUAUCCACUGGCAGUUUACGUCUACAUUCAGAGAGAAGGACAACUCCCUGAUUCUGGCUCUGUCGAAGUAUGGGGGGAUCGUUUAUGAUGCGCUUUCGAAUGUGCUUCUGAGAGCAAAAACGGAUCUCGCUAAAUCAUCUGUUGAAAAGCUUCGUCAAGAGAUAUCUGAAGCAGAAAUACACAACAACGGCCUUUGCCACGCAUUUGUUGAAGAACUUUUUGUUUUGGUCGAUGCCAUGCGCCAAAAUUGA